AUUAUUAAACAUAUAAUAACCGAAUCUGUACAAAUUUCAAACUCAUAUAAAGUCGAGGAUGUAUGUCGAUAGUCAAUGGUACAUCACACCUACCACCCUCCACUUGAUCGAGCACCAACUAGUGGCUACAUAUUCUAUUAGAAAGCUCCACUUCUACAAGUGUACCGUCGAGCAAAUAUAUACCUUAUUUCCCCCAGCGCUUGUUGCUCUUAUUUACCCAUCAAGUUCCGUUCACCAAAUCAUGCAUUUCCUCCUUUUCCCGCUCUUCGCCGCCGCCGUCAUAAUCAUCGUCAAAUUCGCCUACUCCGUCAUCUGGCUCCCCUACGCGAUCCAGCGCCACUUCAAGGCCCAAGGCCUCGCCGGCCCAGGGUACCGCCCGAUCACCGGGAACGCCGCCGAGACCUCCCGCCUGUUCGCUCGAGCCCAGUCAAAGAAGCUCGAGGCGGCCGGCGGCGGGAUCUUCGGCCACCGGGAUGUGGUGGCCAGGGUGUCCCCGUCUUAUUAUGAGUGGGCCCGCGUGUACGGGAAGACUUUCUUGUUCUGGUUUGGGGUCCGGCCCAGGGUGGCGAUAUCGAGCCCGGAAGAUGUGAAAGAGGUGAUGCUGAACACGAGCGGGUCGUUCGGGGAAGUCCGGUUCAACCCGUUGUCCAAGUUGCUGUUUGGGCAGGGCCUCGUGGGCCUCCAAGGGGAGACUUGGGCCCUCCAUCGGCGGAUCAUCAGUCAGGCCUUCAACAUGGAGAGAGUAAAGGAAUGGGUACCUGAGAUAGUGAGUUGCACAACUAAGAUGUUGGAGAAGUUAGAGGGAAUAAGAGCAGAAAGGGAAGAGUUUGAGAUCGACGCUCACCGAGAAAUGCAUGAUGUAUCAGCAGAUGUAAUCUCGAAAACUACACUUGGUAGCAGCUUCGAAGAAGGAAAGCGAAUCUUCGCACUCCAGGAUCAACAAACCCACCUCGUCGCUCAAGCCCUAGCCAAUGUUUACAUUCCCGGAUUCAGGUUCUUGCCCACAAAGAAGAACAGAGAGAGGGCGAGAUUGGAGAAGGAAACUCGGGACUCCAUUAGGGCGUUGAUUAAAAGAAGAAAUGGAAGGGUCGGUGGGAGUUCUAGAAAUCUCAUUGAUUUACUAAUGUCUCCGUACAAGAAUCAGGAUGGAGUGGAGGAGAAACUGGGAGUGGAGGAAGUGAUAGACGAAUGUAAGACGUUCUACUUUGCAGGGAAAGAGACGACAGCUAAUCUCUUGUCUUUUGCUCUACUUCUGUUAGCAAAUCACCAUGAAUGGCAAGACAAGGCUCGAGAGGAAGUGACACGUGUCAUUGGAAGAGGCAAACCUCUAGGUGCAGACAAUCUAAGCGAUCUUAAAAUUUUGAACUUGAUAAUCCAAGAAACUCUACGAAUGUACCCUCCAGCUGUGUUACUAUUAAGGGAGGCGACGAAGAAAGUUAAGUUGGGCCGCCUGGAAAUUCCGAUAGGGACGCAGUUCUACGUGCCUUUGAUUGGGAUCCACUACGACAUUGAAGUAUGGGGAGAAGAUGCUCACGAGUUCAAUCCACUGCGGUUCAACGAGCCAAGCAAACAUCUAGCUGCCUACUUUCCAUUCGGUAUGGGCCAUAGAAUCUGUGUGGGCCAAAAUUUGGCCAUUGUCGAGGCCAAGAUAGUGUUGGCCAUGAUCAUUCGAAACUACUCCUUCGUGUUGUCGUCAACUUAUGUUCACGCACCUUUCCACUUCAUCAGCUUGAUGCCUCAGUAUGGUGCCCAGUUGGUCUUUAGGAAGGCUUUCUAAUUCUCGAGUGCAAAACAAGUGUUUAAGCCUUAAGGUAUGCUUUGUGAGGGGAAUUUGGCCAAAACGGAAGGUGCGUUUGGGCCGGUGUUAUGAGUCCACCGCAUCAUUUAUGUCUGACUUGACGAUCAAGCUUAAUUGUCAAUGACUAUUUUGUGUCAUUUUCAUUCUUAUACUUUGUAGUGUUGGCCAUAGUCGUCGUUGCAAAAAGAUUCGCUCAUGUUCGUAAAAGUGAUUAAAGUAUAGGUUAUUUACUAGAAUUUACUUUGCCUCCAAUAAUUACAAUGCAUAUAAAUAACUCGUUUUUGUGAUUCAACAUAACUUGUAACCUGUAUAAUAUACCCAAUUGUGCACACAACCACAUAAAUUCCUAUCCUAGACCUUAAGAUUGAGGUGAUUGCCUUGGUUAUAGUUAAUAGUUAAUGACAUAAUAAACUUACAGAUUAACU